AUGAGUGGAGAUUAUGGAAGGGAGAAAAAGCACAAAAGGAAUGAAAGUAGAGAAAUUCAAAAUCAAGAAGAAAUUACAGAGUUACAUUCAAUUGUGAUGGAAUUGAUGGACAAAAUCGAAGAACUUCACAGGAAUAGAAGUCAAACAAGAAUACCUUUUGCAUCACCUGAUACUUCAGCAAAAUUGAAGAAAGUUCUUCAGAAUUAUCAUCGUCACCAAAGAGACACCUACAUUUUGUUAUUGAAUCCUCAGAAACAAAAAGCAAAUAGACAAAGAACAGGUAUAAACAGUAGAAGGAAAGAUAAAAAGGAAAGAUGUCAAAGAGGAUUGAAGCGUAUAAUAAAUACCAAAGAUCAAAUGCUCACGGAUUUAGAAUUUAGCAAUUUGAUCAAAGAUUUAAGAAAAAUCAUUAAUGAUUCAAAUUACCAUUCAGACGAAGUUUCAGAAAUAGAUGAAGAAGAAGUUGCGGAUUCUCUUGCGAUGUGCUGA